AUGAAAGGGAGCGGUUUGUACUCAGCGUUUCCUGCAAGACGUGGGAAGAUCCCAAUUCCCGUCCCAAGUCUCCUCUCUGAAAAUGGAAGAUCACAUUUAGAAGAUAAGAAAGCUGUAAAGAAGGAGAAUAUCACAACAAAAUCUGCAAUUGCAAAUGCCACUAAAUUUAUGGUAUGGCAGGAACAGCAUCAGAGAGUAGAGAUCAUUCACAAUGACCAAGGCAACAACACCACUCCUUCUUGUGUUGCUUUCACAGACCAUGAAAGGUUGAUAGGAGAUGCUGCUAAAAAUCAGGCUGCUACCAAUCUAGAGAACACCAUCUUCGAUGCGAAGAGGUUAAUCGGUAGGAAAUUCAGUGACACAAUUAUUCAGAAGGAUAAAUUGUUGUGGCCAUUUAAGGUUGUUGCCGGGGCUAAUGACAAUCCUAUGAUUUGUGUCAAGUAUAAGGGGCAGGAGAAGCACCUUUGUGCGGAGGAAGUAUCAUCCAUGGUCCUUACAAAGAUGCGGGACAUUGCAGAGGCAUACCUGGAAAAACCUGUAAAGAAUGCAGUGGUUACUGUGCCUGCUCAUUUCAAUGAUUCUCAGCGCAAAGCCACCAUUGAUGCUGGUGCUAUUAUCGGCCUCAAAGUUAUUCGAAUAAUGAACGAACCCACCGCCGCAGCAAUUGCAUAUGGCCUUGAUAAGAGAAAUGAUUGUGUUGGAGAGCGAAAUAUUUUUAUCUUUGAUUUUGGUGGUGGUACUUUUGAUGUGUCUCUCCUUACAAUUAAGCACAAGGUCUUCCAAGUCAAGGCUACAGCAGGAAACACUCAUCUUGGUGGAGAGGACAUUGAUAACAGAAUGGUGAACUACUUUGUGGAGGAAAUGAAAAGAAAAAAUAAAAUGGACGUAAGUGGGAACCCGAGAGCCCUGAGAAGGUUGAGAAGGGCAUGCGAGAGAGCAAAAAGGACACUCUCAUAUGCCGUUACUGCAACCAUUGAGGUAGAUGCUUUAUUUCAGGGAAUUGACUUGUGUUCUUCAAUCAGUCGAGCAAAGUUUGAAGAAAUCAGUAUGGAUCUUUUUGAAGAGUGUUUGGAGACAGUGGAAAGGUGUCUCACUGACUCUAAGAUGGAUAAGAGCAGUGUAGACGAUGUUGUCCUUGUUGGUGGCUCUUCUAGGAUACCCAAAGUGCAACAACUAUUGCAGGACUUUUUCCAGGGAAAGAAUCUUUGCAAGAGCAUUAAUCCUGAUGAGGCUGUUGCUUAUGGUGCAGCUGUGCAGGCUGCUUUGUUGAGUGAAGGCAUUAAGAAUAUCCCGGAUUUGGUAUUGAAGGAUGUUACACCGCUUUCACUUGGUAUAUCAACAAAAGCAGAUAUCAUGAGUGUUGUGAUUCCUAGAAACACUACCAUUCCUGUAAUGAAGAAACAAGGAUAUGAGACAACCACAGAUAACCAAACAUCUGUCCUGAUUAAUGUUUAUGAGGGCGAGAGAGCAAGGGCCAGUGACAAUAAUUUGCUGGGCUUUUUUCAACUUUCUGGUUUUCCUCUUGUUCCCCGUGGGCAUCCUUUGAAAGUGACCUUUUCCAUAGAUGAAAAUGGCAUACUUUCUGUUUCUGCUGAGGAAGAAACAACCGGUAAUAGGAAUGAAAUUACUAUAAGGAACGAUAUAGGAAGACUGUCAGCUGCGCAAAUUAGUAUUAUGAUGCAAGAAGCUGAGAAUUACAAGUCUGAAGAUAACAAGUUUCUUAGGAAGGCCAAUGCAAUUAAUGAUUUGGAUUCUUAUGUAUACAAGGUCAAAAACGCUUUAAAGAGAGAAGAUAUCAGCUCAAAGUUUAGCUCGGAAGAAGAGAAAGAUAUAAGCUGUUCAAUUGCUAGAGCCAUUGAUAUGGUUGAUGGUGUGAACAAGAAUGAAGAUACAGUUGGUUUGGAAGAGUGUGUGAAUGAGCUUAAAGCAAUCUUUGAAUGGAUUGGGGUCAUGGGCAAGGAUACUUAG